AUUUAGUUCGACAUUUGUAUUUCCCAAGUACGCGCGACGUAACGGUAACACAAGGCGAAUUUUCUUAUAGACACGCUGUCUUCUGGCCAAUUUACUAUACUACAAUAUAUAGACCGACCGAAAUAAUCUACUCAAACUCGUAUGAUUUCUGCCUAAUUUGUUUGUGUUUCUUGUGCGUUUGUUAAAUUGAAUACGAGUAUUGAUUACCAUUUAUAGUAACCGACUAUUGUAGCGUUGAGUUGUUGUUUGUGGUUAAUUCAGUGCAUUAAUAAUACAACAAUAAAUACAAAACUAUUUCUAAAAAUUUAAUACAAUAAUAAACUACACUAAUCGUUAAAAACUAAACAAUAAAGUAACUUUAAGUAUUGUAUUUUAUGCUGACGCAAAUAACUAAAAUCAAUACCUUAAGCUACAAUAAUCCAUAAAGAAUAAUAAUAAAAACAAAUAAGCAAUAACUACAAGAAACAACGAAAAUGUCCAAAAAACUCCCAAUAAUAUCCGUAACUGCUGAGAAGCAUUCCGAAUCCGAAUCCGAAUCAUCCUCAUCCUCCCACGACACCGACAGUAAUGACAUGGACUAUGGCCGCAAUGGCGCUGGCGCCGUAACUGAUGUUGAGGACUUUGACAGUCAAAUAGAAGUGCUCAAGCCCAGUUCGCGUUGUGGCUCCGGUAAUCUGGCACCGAAAAAGACACAUGAGAACGAUGUCACCGACGUAGAGGACUAUGAUACAGAGUCCGGCGAUGAUGAUGAAUCGAAGAGCACAGCUUAUCCCGAACUGAAGUUGUCGCUACGUGAAUUUCUACAACAAGGACUAGAAAAUCAAGAGGUGGUGGAUAAUGAUGCUAAGGAGAGCUGUGAGAUCAAAGCUGGUAACUUUCUGCAAGCACAAAAUCUGAAUGGACUGGCCGAUUACCUAACCGAUUGUGAGGACUACGACACCGACUCCGAGGUGGGCUACGGCUGCGAAAAGUCAGUAUGCGUUGAUCUCGACCACGCUGUCGGUGAUCAGGGUCGUGUGAGCAUUGCCGAUGGUGAGAAGCACGAGGACGACUCCGAUCACUACGAGGAUGUCUCUGUGAUCAGUGACAUUAGCGAUUUGGCCUCGGCCAUGUCCGAUUGCAUCGGAAUCGGUAAAAGUGGUCGUGGCUUGUCUGAAGAUGAAGUACUACAAGUGUCCGGCAGUAACAGCGAAGAGGUUUGCCAAAUUGCCUGCUCCAGCACCGAAUCGGAGUCUGGCGCCGCCGCAGCUGGCAGAAGCGCUAGUGUAAGCGAGGCCAGCUUGCCGCCAAUAGAUGUUGCCUUUGUCAGCGCCAGCGGCGAACCUAGAAGGAAUUCCAAAUCUAUGUUGAUCCACGCUGAACGAAGACAUUUCCUACAAGUCGCACCCAAGCACGAAGAGGUCCUCACUGAUGUCGAAGGUAUUGAUGACUCGGCCGCCGAAGAUAGUUUCGAUAACGAAGAGGAGGAUGAGCAGCCCAUACCACGGGCCAUAAUUCUAGCUCCUGGCGAUGAUGGCACCUGCCUAACCGACGUCGAGGACAUGUAUUGUGAGGAUAUUUCACUUGCCAGCGCCAUACCCGAAGCUAUUGCCGUAGCCCCUGAAGCUUUACCUCUGCCACAUCGUGAGUUUGUCGAACUUAAGGAGGAUAAAUAUGGGGAUACCAUAACGAAUGUGAUGCCAAUGAAUAAGAACUAUGAAUUUGGCAUCUACAAUCACUUGAAGGACGUGACACAAACUGAUUCGGAAGACUACUCCUGUGCCGAAGACUGGAGUGCCAAUCUCUCGCUCGCCGAGGAGCUGGCUGUCGGGGCAACAGGUCUGAUAGAGAACGAAGUGAUUGUGUCCAACGAACUACUGAAGCAGCAGCAAAGUAAGCGCCUCGAAGUCCUCUCCAAUGCGGAAUCUGUUACCGAUGUAGAAGAAAUCUUUGUGGCUGGCACUAAUCGUCGCAAGAAGUUAAAGACACGCAGUCUCAGCAAGGGCAAGAACAAACUGCUGGAAGCUGUCAAGGGCAAGGAGGACGGUAUCACCGAUGUGGAAGACAUGGAGUUAAGUGAAUGUGAUCUGCCUGCUGGUGUUGGCGUUAAGCGAGUCGAGCAGUUGAAAUUGCAAGCCAAAGGACAGGACAAAUUGACCGACGCCGAAGACAUAUCCACUGAUGAUGUUUCGGAUGCAUCGGAUGCCUCGUUACCACCACCAACAGCGGAAGCUGCCAAACAGAAGUGCAACAGCUCCAACUCCAAGUUGAUGCCACAUCACUUACGUCUUCUCAAGGACGAGGCGAUCAGUCAACAGAACACAGACAUUGAAGACGUGCAAUUGCCAUCCGAUGCCGAGGAUGUGCUGGAGCCACCGCCAAUCGAAGUGGCUAACAGCAAUAGCAAAGAGCUCAAUGAUAUGCUCAAUGAGAGUUACACUGUCGUACAUGAGCGAAGUGGUCGCAGCUUCAAUGCCGAGGCCGAAAAGCUGCACUUAAAGGGUGUGAUACGAGAUGCUCAUACCGAUGUUGAAUACCUUGAGUCCGAUGAGUCAGCCGCUAGAGGAGGCAACUAGUGUCCGUCAUCAUUCCACAGUCAAUCAGCAGAUUUCUUUAAUAAUAGUUCCAUAAAUCAUAAAUACAUACUAUAUGUGUGAAAUAUAUAUUUUUAAAAACUAAAAACCAAAAAAAAAACAAAACUGAUACACACACUCAAGCAUAUAUU